AUGAGUCUUCUCGGCACGCAGGUCAAGUUCCCCGGGUCGUUCUGGGAAGGGCGAACCACGGCGGAGGAUGGGCUGCUCAACGAGUUCGCCAUGAUGUGGGCGCUGCGCAACAAGUUCCCGCUGCACUACGUUCUCUUCAAGCAGACUGCGUGCCACCUGCCGCGCGAGGCCAACGUCGAGCAGAUCUUCUCUCGCGCUGGGCUGCUGGCAGACCCCAACCUCAACCCGGCCCACCUCGCUGUGCUGGUCAGGAUUGGCUUCAACAAGAAGGCCUUCGAGCCGGCAGUGGCAGCGAUCAAGGAGAAGUACUACGAGCUGUUCCGAGGCAAAGGGGGCGAGCACAAGGAGGGCUCCUCGGGCGGGCGGCCGCCGGCGCGGCGUCGCGCACUGCUCGCACGAGACGCGCACCGCAACAUCUUUGGCGGAUGCGUGGGACGGAAGUGCAGCAAGCCGUCGUCCCAACGGGACGAGCUGCGGGACCUUCUUUGGUCGCGGCUUGUCAGCGAAACCGAGGCGUGGGCCCAGCUUGAUGAGGCUGAGAACAGCUUGGGGCUCGACAUCGCAAAGAUUCGCGCGCGGGUCGCAGCAGGCGGCUAUUAG